AUGCUGUUUUCUAACCUUGUUGUGGCCGUAGCCCUCCAGGCUCUCACAGCGACAGCUGCUGGCGUUCUUGGAAAGCAUCAUGGACAUGGCCACCUUCACCAGCACUUCCAUCGAGCCAUGGACGCUAACGCUGACGCUGCUCCAACUCCGACGGCCUCAAGCCUGGAGGCGAUCUCGGCUCAAAUGGAACAUGCUGGAACUCCGAUGAUGGUGAGCGAUGCUGCGAAAAAGGUCGCUCAAGCUUUAGAAGUCCUGGCUGUACUCAACAAGGAGCGCUAUGAAAACGUCACCUACAACAAAUACGAGUUUGUGGACGCGCACGAGGUAGUUGGCCAAAAGAUCAACGCCCCUCCGCUAAAUUACACCUCAGAAGACAUUGAACGGCUAUCCUCAAGCUCGAAGACCGAGAAGCGAGACGAGACCAAUGGAAAUCCUACGGAUCGAGUAGUGUACAGCAUCUCUCCGGAAUUGGCGGAGGCGGCUCGAAUCCUGGCGGAAUCCAAACCUCCUACUCCAUCGACUGGGGAAGAGGCAAGGCUGGCCAGGGAUGCGAGAAUGAAGUACCACUCCCUGGUGAAUGAUACCAAUACCCCUCAGCAAGCACAUCGUCAUUCGAAUGGGCUGUACGAAUACGCCGACAUGUUGAUGGAUCAGAUGCUGCUUGGGGAUCGGUCCAGCGUCGAUAAAGACGAUAAAUUGGUGAAGCGAGCCUCGCCAUCGAGCUACUGGUUGGAAGAUAUGGAACAACUAGGCGCCAGUCCGUAUGCGCCCUCGGGGUAUAAGGUCUUCAGGAACGUGAAAGACUACGGUGCCAAGGGCGACGGUGUGACUGAUGAUACCGCUGCCAUCAACAAAGCAAUUGCGGAUGGCAAUAGAUGCGGCGCUGAUUGCGGCUCCAGCACGAUCUAUCCUGCGGUGGUCUACUUUCCAUCUGGCACAUAUCUUGUCAGCAGCCCCAUCAUUCAGUAUUACAACACUCAAUUCCUCGGGAAUCCCGGUGACUAUCCGACUAUCCUUGCAGCUGCGAGCUUUGUCGGGCUAGGCGUCAUCACUUCAGAUGUCUACGUCGGAGAUCAGGACGAGUGGUAUAUCAACACCAACAACUUCCUUCGCAACGUACGGAACUUCAAGAUGGACAUUACACGUACAGAUCCCAAUGCCUACGUCUGCGCUAUUCAUUGGCAAGUUGCACAGGGCACAUCUCUGGAGAACAUUGAGUUUUACAUGUCCCAGGCGGCUGGAAAUACGCAGCAGGGAAUCUACAUGGAGAACGGGAGUGGUGGGUUCAUGGCCAAUCUCACAUUUGUUGGCGGAAACUUCGGUGCGUACUUUGGAAACCAACAGUUUACCACGAGUCAAUUGGUAUUUGUCCAAUGUACGACUGCCAUGCAGAUCCACUGGGACUGGGCAUGGACCAUGCAAGACGUUGUGAUCGAAAGCUGCGGCACGGGCAUCAUCAUCACUGGAGGGGUAAGCUUAGUCAAUGCCUCAGAUUUGAUCACCGGACAAGGUGUUGGGUCCUUUAUUUUGAUUGACGCCAUCAUUGCGAAUACCCCCACUGGAAUCGUAACUUCUCUUAGUGGCGAUAAUUCAACUGCCUUCCUUCUUCAGAACGUUGGCUUCUUCAACGUGCAGAAAGCUAUUACAGUCGAGAAGAUCACAGAUCCGAUUCUGGCGGGUGGGAACGAAGUUCUCAUUGACGCUUGGGGGUUCGGUCUCUACGGCAAUUCCAGUGGGGUCUUCUUCGCCCAAGAAAAUGACCUCCCCGUGAUGGAGCGCACAAGCAGUCUUGUUGGCAGCAAUGAAUACGUGAAGUCCAACUUAUUUACGCGUCGCCGACCUCAAUACUAUGAUCUAAAGGGUAGCCAAGUCUUUGAUGUGAAAGCAUAUGGUGCCAAGGGUGAUGGUACCACUGAUGACACUGCUGUUUUGAACAGUGUUCUUUCUACCGCGGCUAAUCUCUCAUCCAUUGUCUACAUACCAUACGGGAUCUAUGUGAUCAAAGACACCUUAAAGAUUCCGAAGGGAUCCCGGAUCAUGGGUCAGGCGUGGUCGCAGAUCAUGGCCACGGGGGAAAAAUUUCAAGACAUGGAGAAGCCCCAUGUUGCCGUGAAAGUCGGUGAUUCUGGAGACGAGGGGAUUGUCGAAAUUCAAGACUUGCUAUUUACUGUCUCGGGACCCACGGCCGGUGCCAUCUUGGUUGAAUGGAACAUCCAUGAGUCGACUCAAGGCUCGGCCGGCUUAUGGGAUUCUCAUUUCCGUGUUGGUGGAGCAAAAGGCUCCAAGCUCCAAGCUACUGACUGCCCUAAAGAGGCCUCAGCUUUGAACGAGAAUUGUAUCGCAGCUUCGCUUUUGAUGCACAUCACCCCGAGUGCAUCGGCAUACAUGGAAAACAUAUGGGCAUGGACUGCCGAUCACGACCUCGACAUUGCUUCCCAGGAUCAAAUCGAUGUAUACUCCGCUCGUGGUAUUUUGAUCGAGAGCUCAGGUCCUACCUGGUUGUACGGUACCGCUUCGGAGCACAGUGUGCUAUAUCAGUAUCAGAUCUCCAAUGCAGAAAAUCUCGUUAUGGGAAUGCUACAAACCGAGGCGCCAUACUUCCAACCUUCUCCCAAGGCCCCGGCUCCAGUCACCGUCGGUCUUUUUCCAAAUGAUCCUACUUUUGCGGACUGUGCAGAGUCCUCAUUGACAUGCGCUGUCGCCUGGGCUGUCCGGGUCAUUGAUUCUUCGACUAUAUACAUGCUUGGAUCUGGGAUCUAUAGUUGGUUCUCUAGCUAUUCACAAGACUGUUUAGACACAGAUCAUUGCCAGGACCGUGCAUUUUAUAUCGAACAGAGCAGUGAUGUUUGGAUCUUCAAUCUGGUCACAAAGGGAAUUCAGCAGAGUAUAAGCCCCCAAGGGGAGACCCCUAUCUUCUCCAGAGAUACGAAGAACGGGUACACCUCUUCCUUGCUGGGAUGGUAUCGAGAGCCAACCGAUAUUGUGGGUGAACGAAACUUCACCGGCUAUUAUCUCUACAGCAGUCCACAAGAUGAUGGUCUACUCAGUGGGUUAUCUAGCACCUGCCAAACUGCGAUGACAAGAUUGAUUGAUUGUCCUGACGAAACUUACGCUUUUCUUGACCGAAGCUGGCCAAAGUCAUAUGCAAAUAAGACCACCGCCAGCAUGGUCUGCAGUCAUGGAUGUGAAACUUCUAUUAAAACAUGGUACCAGGAGGUGACUAAGUACUGCACAACCUUCGACACCAAGGAAGAUGUCAUGAACUUUCGUGGUGGCAUUUCUUGGGCUGGGUGGAAUCAGACAUGCCUUCAAGACCCGCAGAGUGGCAAGUACUGCAGCGAUGUGAUCGCAGGAUUCUCCCCCGUCAAACAUGCAGCGGACAUGCCAGAUUCAGACUUGUGCUCCUACUGCUACACGACAAUUCUACAGAUGGCUCAGGCAUCCCCGUAUUCGUUCUAUGAUGAAAACUACAAGAAAAUCUUGGAGCUCACACAAGAGCGCUGCAGUCUUGAAGGGGACACCGAUAUUGCGCCACCCGUCGAAGACCAUACCGAUGAUCCCAGUGACUUUUGUGCCUCUGACGUGAUUUACACUACCGUCGAGGGGGAUACGUGUGAUGAAAUCGCCGUGAAAAAUACCAUCUCUUCCGCUGCUCUAUUCAUUGGCAGUGAAGAGAUUAUUGACUGCAAUGAUAUAAAGGCUGGCCUAUCUAUUUGUCUCCCAUUUUCUUGCAACAACAUCUAUACGUACUCCGCCAACGCUACCUGUCGCAGCAUUGAAUACAACCUGAACAUGGAUAGCGGCAUGCUGCGCCAGUUGAACCCUUGGAUCAACGGCGGCUGCACCAAUCUCCAGGACUGGAGCGUGAACUACGGACACGUUCUGUGCGUGUCACCCCAGGCAGGCACCCAUACUCACACUGCACCACCACCGGGAGUGACUUCAUUGCCAGGCUCGAGUACUGGAUACACGGACCAAGACGUCGCGCCUCCGGAGAAUAGUACCGUGGCAGAUGGGACGACAAUGAGCUGUGGGCGAUGGCAUACAGCCAGCGACGGUGAUACCUGUACAGCGAUCUGUGUACAAAGCAGCAUCGAAUACUCCCUCUUUUUGGCUGUGAAUCCGUCACUGUCAUCAGAUGCUUGUACAGCGGACUUGCAAAUAGGAACUGCAUACUGCACUGGACCAACUCAGGGUUGGGGUCUUGUUCGUCCAAACUCGACCAUCACUACAUCGUCUGAGGUAGCUUCGGGCACUGCAGUGGAUCUCCAGAUUUAG